AUGAAGGAGGUGUUCGAUGUCACUGAGGACGACCCAAUCGUACUGCCACCUGCAGCCAACAUGGGUGCGGGCUACCCAAACGGAAGGCUGCUCUACCGCAUGGAUGAUCAGUUCCAAAGGACUGGCCCUGGAGAAGGGGACUUCAGCGACGAGAUUGAGCUGCUGAGCCGGCCCAUUUACGUGUGCUGGCAGGGCUACUUUCUCAUCGUCAACGGUGGGGAAUACAUGAUCCGACUCCGCUCGGACGACAGCGGCCGCCUGAGUAUGGGUGGCCGGGGCCUUGGUGGAGAGUCCGUGGUGGUGGUGAACGACGGCCUGCAGGAAGGAGCCUCUGCGAGGGAUACCCGGCUCUUCAUGCGGCCCGGCCUGCACCCCGUGCCGCGGCCUCCAGGGAUCCAGGCGGAUCUUCCACAAGUGCUUAAUGUGCUGCCUUUUGCUGUGAAGAGCUACGAUGAAGAGAGCGAUAAGUCGGUGCAGUCCUCUCUUCCCAGGUCGCUGCCCGCUGGGAAGAAUGAAGACAUGCCGUCUGCAAAGUCUCUGACCAGGUCUUGCGGCGCCAUGGAUGGCGCAUUUCUGGACCUGCCAGACCCGUCAUUCUCUGUGCCCAAUCUGUUGCAGUACCUUACCGUGGAUGACAUCAUGGAGUGUCGCCUGACAUCCCGGCAGGUGUUGAUAAGGCACAUGGAGGAAAUGGGCAGGUUGGAUAGGUCCGAGUCGAUUCUCGAUUUUUCUGCGAGAUGGGAUUCUGCCCUCGAAGACCCUGAAGCCUUCGAUGCCGAUGCCUGCGGAGAUGAUGUCGAGCAGAUGAAGUACUUUGAGUGUCGGUGGUGGUGUAUGAAGCUGGCAUGUGCCAGAAAGACCCAUUUCGCAGAAAGGGAUGCCCGCCGCAUCGUCGUCGCGAACCUUCGAGACCUGCUAGAGCGCUGCGGCGACGUGGAUGCAGCUGUGAGGAAAGCUGCGCACUAUAUUGUUCGCAGCUAUGGGAGGGGUGGUCUGCCUUGCGUGCAGCAACUGAUUGCGGAAGCCAUGCUUGGCCUGAUGGAGAGUGUCCUGCAAGAGUCCACCGAAAUCAGCCAAGAGGUUUGGACAGAGGUAAGAAUGUGCUCACGCCAUCUUGAGAAUGUCGUGCGUAGACUGGAGAAGCCUCAGCGCCAGAGGUGGGUGUCCCUGCUGGUCAGAGUCCUGCUUAGUCGGCAACCAUUUGUGGACCCAAAGGCAUUGUUCAGUGACCUCCAGCUCCUUUGGCGAGCUGAUGACGAUCCUGGACGAAGCUAUGCAGAAGCAGAGCAGCAGAUGAUUUCUGCCAGAGACAUUGACAUGUGGCAAGGGGUUUCGGAUCUCAUGUACCGCUGCUGCUGA